AGCAACUACAACCAGAUAAACUUUUAAUCAUCCUAAAUCAAACACCAAAAAUUUCCUCAAUUUCACGGAAAAAAAAAAAAAAUGGCUCCAUCUUUUGAAGACACCAACUCUUUGUUUGAUUUUGUUGUCCGAAAUGGGAAUGGAGUUAAAGGUCUAGUGGAUUCGGGAAUAGAAAAAGUCCCGAAAAAAUACAUUCAACCAUCAUCUGAGCGUAUCCAUAAAAUUGUGGGAUCAGAAAAAUCACCAUAUCAGCAGUUUAUUUCCCCAAUUGAUUUAUCACUGCUAGAUGGUCCUAACCAUGAUCAAGUAGUGAAAGCCAUUGUUAAUGCUUCUGAAACAUUUGGAUUCUUCCAAUUGGUUAACCAUGGUGUCCCCGUGGAUCUCCUGGAGUCUCUCAAACUGGCUGCCCACCAGUUUUUCGCUCAACCUUCGGAGAAAAAGGCGGUGUAUCUCCCGGCAGAGGGACGGAGCCACCUCGUGAAGUAUGGAACAAGCUUUGCCCCGGAGAAAGAAAAGGCUUUGGAAUGGAAAGAUUUUCUCAACAUGAUUUACAGUAAUGAUUCUGAGGCUCUUGAGCAUUGGCCCAUGCUCUGCAAAGAAGUGGCCCUCGACUACUUAAAAUCCUCAAAUCAGAUGGUGCGAAGGCUGUUGACAAUUUUAUUUGAAAAUCUUGGAGAAAAGUUAGAGGACUCAAAAUUAGAUUCACUAAUAGGUCUAAAGAUGGUAAACAUGAACUUUUACCCAGCUUGCCCUAAUCCAGAUCUCACAGUUGGAGUGGGACGCCAUUCUGACAUGGGCACCUUAACCAUAUUACUUCAAGAUGGUAUCGGAGGUUUGCAAGUAAAGGUGGAAAAAGAUUUAUCUGCAGGUCAGAAAGAGGAGUGGAUUGCAAUUCCACCAUGUCCUGGUGCUUUGGUGAUCAAUAUUGGUGAUGCACUACAGAUUAUAAGUAAUGGAAGGUACAAAAGUGCUGAACAUAGAGUUCGGACCACAAGCAAACAGUCACGAGUGUCCAUACCAAUUUUCACUAUACCAAAACCAACAGAAAAGAUCAGUCCAUUGCCUCAACUGGUUGAACGUGACGGGGUGGCUCACUACAGGGAAGUGAUAUUUCAGGACUAUAUGAACAACUUCUUUGGAAAAGCUCAUGAAGGCAAGAAGUCACUUGAUUUUGCCCGAAUUAACUGAGAUGAAUACUUAUUAUUGGCUUGUUUCGGAAUUUUUUUGUUCCUUUGAAUCUUUUGGCUGCUUUGUUCAGCAUUAUUAUGUGUUGCAGAAUCUAGUAGAAAUAAAGAUCAUAAUAAUACUAGUACAUGGUAGUAUUUGUAUGAUUGUAUUGUGUAUUGAUAUGUUGUCGCUAGUUGUGAAAAGUUCAUGAGGUUACAAUGACUUAUGUUUCCUCCACUGGUUGGUUUGGUCUUUAGCAGAACAUAAUAUUGUAAGUUUGCACACCUAGUAUCCUUAAAUACAUUUUUAGGCUUCUACCUAUUUUAUAGUCCAAAUAACAUAAAAAAAAAGGACUUCUUUACACUUUUC